AUGGGUUUCUUCGACUUUAUAUCUUCGGCUGUUAAGGAUGUGAAGAACUUGAUUUUACAUUCACCAAUCGUGAAAUCUCUGGCGCCACUCGCAGGUAUUGUAGCGCACGCAGUGCCAAUAGUCGGUCCUAUCAUCGAUAAUGCAGCCCCAGCCACUGAAGCUAUAUUCAGCAAAGACAACGCCUCUCCUAAUCCAGGCGAAGAUCCCAAGCCUUCUACUUCCGAGCAGCUUAAUACACCUGUCACUAAUACAGGAAUAAACUAUACUAGAGUUUGUUAA